GAGGGAGGGAGGAGUAUCGCUGCUCAUAUUCACCGCAGAACAACACGAUUCUUAGUCGACCGCUGGAUAUACUCCCGUGAACAGAUAGUGCGCAGUGACAGUAAAAGCCAAGCCAGAUGUUCAACCGGACCACACCUUUGUGUUCACCUCACCAAGAUUCGGGUGUUGCUCCGUUCAUCAACGUGCCAGAUGUCUAUUACUUGUAUCCAGUGUGUCCCGCAGACAGAGCGCCGAUGUACUUGCCCCCGCCUUUGCUGCUGCACAGUGUGACGCCCCCAAGCGUGCCAACAACACAGAAGUGUUACAACCCUCAUGACAAAACACUUAAAUUUGUCGAUGGAGAGGAUGAUUUGGACUUUUUGUAUGAAGGCUUCAAAUCUCUCAGAGCUCAGAUGUCCUGUGGUCACGCUGUGACCCCGACCUCUCUCACCAACUGGUGUCGCAGGUUGUUGGACCAGGGUGAAAGCAGGUUUGUGUGUGGUGCGUCUGGUUGUAACGUCGAGUGGACUUUUGCAGAGGUUUGUAAAAUGGCUCUGCUGACGCCUCAAGAAAACGCAUAUUUUAGAAGAACCAUGGCGUUCAACGCUGCCAGGCAGACACAUACGACUAAGAUGUGUCCUGGCUGCAGAUCCACUGUGACGAGAGAGAAUGAAUCAGAUUUGAAUGUCCUCUGUAAAGUGUGCACAUCAGUAAAAGGACGGCCGUUUGAAUUCUGCUGGCAGUGUUUGAGGGAGUGGAAGGGUGCACGGCCUCGGAAGGACCGCUGUGGAAAUCGUGGCUGCUGCAACCAGUCAUUAGAGACACUAAAUAAAUGCCCAACUAUCACCUUUGGUUCAGUGAAGGAGUGUCCCUCUGUUCGUGCCUGUCCCACCUGUGGGUUACUGUUGGAGCACAGCAAGAAGUAUUGUAAAUCGGUUCACUGCCCUCGAUGCAAUGUGUCAUUUUGUUUUGUAUGUCUGAAGAGCUCCGGUACAUGCUUGAUAACCAGGUGUAUUCUUGCCCCCAGACAGACCUCUAUACCUGUCUGGCAGAAGAAAUAAUGGGAAAGACACGAGGCUGUUAAGUUUCACUUUCUUUAAAUUAAGAGUGUCUUUUCUAAAUCAAUGUACCAUGCUGUGUUUUUUAAUUCUCUGCUUUAAAUGUCAUCGCAUUAAAAAUUAAAAAAAAAAGAUGGUAGUGAGAAAUGUAUUACCAAAUAUGAUCUUUGCAGCUGUGUCAUGUCUGAACUGUAAUGAUAAAUCUGAUAAAUGCCAUUCAUUCAUAAACUUAGAAUAAGGUUAAACAUUCUGUGUGCACAUCCUGUCCUCUGGUUACUUACAUAUAUAACACGUGUUGUCUCCUUAUCACACAUUUUGUUUGUUUUGCAAACUACGUGAUAUUAAAUCUGUUUAGAACAAAUGUUUUGUGUAGGAAAAUCUUGUUUUGUUUAAUCAGUGUCAAUGCUCUUAUUUCCUCAACUGUUUCGAGCAAAUGUGUCUUUUAAUAAAACCUUGUUAUGUUUAAUUAAAGUCAUUGUGUAAAACAUUCAGCAUAUUUAAGUUAAUUGUUUCAUUUUCGAAAUUAAAAAUAAAAAUGUGUCUCUGUGGAAGAAAA